GGUUCAUUUCCGUUCCUUCUAUUACGACUAAUAUUUUUGCUCGAGCUCUCGAGAUUGCUGGCUCGAGCAAAGGAAAUCAAUCCUUGAAGGUUUUGUCCUAUAAAUUCAUCAGUCAAAUGGUACUGUUCCUCUUUUCUCCACCAGGGAGGGUUUGGGUUCACUUGUGUCCGCCAGUACUGGUGAGUGGUCAGUGUCCGCCAUUUUUAUCUUGUAAUCAAUUUUCUGGGUCAUUUCUUUUGCUUUUAAUUUGAUUGGGGUUAUGACUUCCACUCUGUGUCUUUGUUUGUUUGGUUAAAUCUCUAUUUCUAUGACCAGAUCUGCUCACAGGGUUAAUGAGAUGAGAGUUAACUCGAAUUAGUAAUGUUCUCUUUUUUUUUUUGGCUCUCUCUUUGCAGAAAUUCAAAGAUGAAAAUUACAAAAGGGAAAGGAAAAAACAUAAAAAAGCGGGCUAGCAAUCACACAGCAAACAGGCCAUCUGCCGAAGAAGAGGAAUCCUCAAAACAAUUGGAAGAAGAAAGGGAGGAAAAUUUGCAAACUGGGACUGCCAAUGAACCAGGCAGCAAACAAGGAACAGGACGUCCACGGCUUCCGCUACUAUCAGCUGAAGCGAUGGAGAUAAGGAGGGAGGGGAAAAGACAAAGGGAUAGAGAUUAUCGUGCAAAUAAGAAGAAACGAGAAGAACUGUUCAUGAAAUUUUGUGAUGAGAAAGGGAUUACUGAAGAGUUGGAAGCCUUUCUUGAAAAGCAUGAAGAAGAGGAAGAGCAACGAAGAGAAUACUGUGAAGAAUUGGGGAUGGUUUCUGAAGCUUUGGAAGAUGGAGCAAAGCAACAGUUUGACAAGGAAAUUGAAAUGAUUCUGAAGAACUUUUCAGAGAACCCGUGGACAACUUUGGAGGAGAGCCGUGGAAGUGGAAUGAUUCAAACAGCGGGAGUAGAGGGUGUCACUGCCACGAAUUCCAGUAGCUUGGGAGCAAGGGGAACCAUAUUUGAGCGAGUGAGGGAGUUUAAGAGAAAAAGAGAGGAAGAACUUGAUAGAGCCCAUCGGGGCAAGAGGCCUGCAACUGCUUACGCUACUCCAAGUCAUCCCCGAAUUGGUGGGCUUAUGGCUGAGGCUCACCAGAACCAUGGUCAGUCAGUGGCUGCACUAGCUACUCAAGGACCUCUGUUGUCAACCGACAAAGGUGCACAAAUACAAAUGAGGAGGGCUACUCAUGAUAGGGAGCCCUCCACCUCAUCAUGCGCACCUCCACCUCAUCAUGACCUUGGACUAGGGAGCAAGCAAGAAGUUAGCAUGUACGAUCUUGUGAAGCAAUAUGUGAAGCUCAAAGAUGCUAAAAGAAGACAGGAGGAAGCUGCAGCUGCUUGUGUUCAUGCUGACUGCAAACUCAAGGAGAAGAAGAAAGAAGUUGGCAACUUGAACAAACAAGUGAAGGGGGAGGAGGAGGUGUAUAACAAGCUCAAGGCUGAACUGGCAGAGAAGAAUAAGAUUUCCAAGGAUGCACGUGAGUUAGAGACGAUCAAUGCUGUGACCCUUGGUUGGAAUUUGAUGAAGGGGCUGCUGCAGUCCAUGCAACCUGGUUCAGAGUUUCUAGACUUGCCUCUAUUGGACGCUAUUCAGCGCUAUGAAUCUCUCCAAAACCAGUUCAAUGAAGGUCUGACUUUGAUAGGUCAGGGACAUCCCAUCGAUGACAAAGUUGCCAUGCAAUCUGAUAAUCCACCAGUGGUUGUGCCGCGCUCCUUUUUUUGGUUAUACGAGUGGUUGGAGAGAGAUAUGGAAUUGGAGUCCAAUGUUUUUGCCCCUCAAGGAGAUGCUGCCAACAUAGCUGCCAAUGGUCCUCAAUUUCAGGCUGCAAACGCCAGAGCUAAUAAUGUGGAACAGGAGGAUGAUGCAAAUGAUCAGAGGAUGGAUGAAGCUACUGAGGCUGAUAGAUGUGUUUCGAUGUGGCUACGUGAUCCGGAUGGUGGUGAGGAUGCUUGAAUUUAUCCCUUUUGUAUAUGUGAACAUUAUAGUUUGCAGAUACAAGAUGCCUGCGUGCUUGCUGGGAAGAAUUUCAUUUCCCCUGCGGAGGCCAAUAAUUUGGUACAGUUGAUAUAUUUUCCUUCUGUCUAUCCAUCGGAUACUGAAUGUAGGAUUUUUGGUGCUGAUGGGAGCACUUUUUUAUUUGACAUAUGACCUGUUGAUGCUUACCUUGUCUUUAUUCUAUUUUUUUUCUUAAAUAGGAACGGAAUGGUAACGCUAUAUUAGGAACUGAGUAAAUUUUUAUAUUUUCU